UCAUCUCUCUCCUUCGCUGGACUGAUUUCUGUGUCUCGCAUCCACGCACUCGAAUGCGGUUCACUUUUUGAUGUCUGGGGGUACGAAGAUACAGUUGAUGCCUUGCAUGGAGGAGCCAUCCGUACCGAAACUGCUUUACGAGACGCGACGUCACGCUUCGGGAACCUACACUUCCAAUUUCCCUUCCCCAUACCAGGUAAAUGAAGGUGCUAAGGGAGGCCUCUUACACUUGCUUUCGGUUCGAGGUGUCAGUCAACUCAAAGAGAAAUGGACAGAAUAUAAUCAGCCAAAACGACUUAGAAGGCUUAUAUCCCUGUUUAUUUCCCCAAGAGGCAAACAUGUUGCUGUUGCUACUGGAAAUCAAAUAACUACUCUGAGUAAAGAGGAUGACUACCGGGAGCCAUGUGGCAUUUUCACUAGUUGCAGCCUUUGUACAUUUAGUGUAGGAGCUUGGUCUGAGGAUGGUGACAUUCUUGGGAUUGCUGAUGAUACUGAUACACUGUAUUUUAUCAAGGCGAAUGGUGAGGUGAUAGCAGAAAUUACAAAGAAGCAUUUAAAAGUAUCUUCACAAAUAGUUGGCAUAUAUUCCGAUAGUGAUUUAAAUACGCAGAAGUCUUUCUUUUGUAGGUUCGCUGUCAUUACAUUAGAUGGUUCACUGCAACAUAUUGAGAUCAGUUAUGAGCCAAGUGUCUCCUUUUCCAAGCAGAUUUCUGAUCACAGGAAGCAUCUCUGUAACAAUGUCUGUGCCUUUGACUACCAUCAUGAACUUAAACUUUUUGUAGUUGUUGCCUAUUCCACCACCACGUCUCUAACAUCUGGCAAAAGCUCUGGGUCCGGCUAUCUUACUCUGUGGCGUAAAAGUGCGAGCGCAGAGUUGGAGCAGUUUUGUUCUGUUCAGUUUGAAGGCAUCUAUUUGAAACCAAAAGGCUUUAAAGGUCAGCUAACAUAUCCGAAGGUGCUAAUCUCAACAGAAGGCACCUUUAUUGCGACUCUAGAUUUGAGUGGGUCAUUGCAAAUUUUUAAACUGGACAAAGAAAGGUUUACCCUCUCUAGAUUUUCAUGGGGAAAGGGAGAUGAUUUACCUGAUCCUGAUAAUUUAUCAAAAGGAGGGAGGGCAUCUUUUGUGGAUAUUAUGGAUUUUACUUGGUGGUCUGAUCAUAUUAUUACUACUGUCAAUAAGAGUGGUGUGGCUGUGCUGAUUGACAUCCUUGAUGGCUCAAAAGUUCAGGAAGAUGAUCCUGCAUACUUUAUGCCUGCUCUGGAGAAGGCAGCAACAUCUAAAGGCCACCAGUUUCUUUUGGCAAGUUUUUUGUGCCAAGAAAAUUAUGAUUCUUCUGAUGUUGUGGCCUUAGAUAAGUUGCAGCGGAUGGAGUGGGUCACUGAAGAUGCACUGAAUCAGAUUCACUUUUUGAGGUUGCACUGGUGCCUUGUUUCAUUUUCUGAGAAAUCUAUUUCUGAAAUGUAUGAUAUGUUAAUCAGCCGCAAAAGGUUUCGGGAUGCUCUAAAUUUUGCUGAUAGUUAUGGACUGGAUAAAGAUGAAGUUCUGAAGUCGCAGUGGGUGAAUUCUGACCAAGGAUCCAAUGAAAUAAACACGUUUUUAUCGAAAAUUAAGGAUCGAGAUUUCGUACUUUCUGAGUGUGUUGAAAGAAUUGGACCAACAGAGGAUGCAGUGAAGGCUCUGCUUGCAUAUGGUCUCCGCAUCACUGACCAAAAUCGAUUUUCUGAAGCAACUUAUCAUAACAAUAGUCAAGUGUGGGAUAUUCGCAUGGCUAGACUUCGGUUAUUACAAUUUAAAGACAGGCUUGAAACAUAUCUUGGAAUAAACAUGGGCAGGUUUUCUGUGCAGGAAUACGGCAAAUUUCGUGUCAUGCCUAUUAGUGAGGCUGCCAUAGCACUGGCAGAAAGUGGAAAGAUUGGUGCCCUAAACUUGCUCUUCAAGCGUCAUCCGUAUUCAUUGACCCCUUCCAUGUUGGACAUUUUAGCUGCCAUUCCGGAAACAGUUCCUGUGCAAACAUAUGGGCAGCUUCUUCCUGGAAGGUCUCCUCCUUCUGGUGUUGCUGUGAGGGAAGAUGAUUGGGUUGAAUGUGAUGAAAUGAUUCGCUUCAUUAAUGAGUCAGUCAAUAGCCAUGACAUUAGCAUCCAAGUGAAAACCGAACCUAUUGUCAAGCAUAGUGCUGGAUUUUACUGGCCAACAACUAAUGAGCUCUCAAAGUGGUAUAAAGAUAGAGCUAGAGCUAUGGAUUGUCUUAGUGGGCAGUUGGAUAAUUGCCUCAGCUUCCUUGACUUUGGUAUUCGCAAAGGUAUAUCUGAAUUGCAGCAGUUUCGUCAGGAUGCCUUGUACUUGCACCAAAUUAUUUACUCUGAUGACAAUGAUGGUGAAUCAUGCUUCAACAUGAGUCUUGUCACAUGGGAACAAUUAACAGAUUACGAAAAAUUUAAAAUUAUGCUUAAGGGAGUCAAUGAGGAAAAUGUGGCUGAAAAAUUAUGCAACAAAGCAAUUCCAUUUAUGCAUGAAAGGUCUAAUAAGAUACCCACAGUAAAAGAUAUUCAUCUUUGCAAUUCUGCAAAUCAAAACGAAGAGGAGUCAUUUCUAGUCAGAUGGUUGAAGGAAAAUGCCUUGGAGAAUAAAUUGGAUAUAUGCUUAUCGGUGAUUGAGGAAGGGUGCAGAGACUUUCAAAGUAAUGCCUUCUUCAAAAAUGAGAUUGAAGUGGUUGAUUGUGCUUUGCAAUGCAUAUAUUUAACCACAGUCACAGAUAAGUGGAGCAUCAUGGCAGCAAUAUUAUCUAAGCUUCCUCAAUUGCAUGAUGGUGCAUUGCAAGUUGAGAACUUUGAAAGAAGACUGAGAGUUGCAGAAGGCCAUAUUGAAGCGGGGAGGCUUUUGGCAUUUUACCAGGUGCCCAAGCCAUUAAGCUUUUUCCUAGAGGCUUAUUCAGAUGGAAAGAAUGUGAAACAGAUUAUUCGCCUCAUACUGUCAAAAUUUAUUCGCCGUCAGCCUGGCAGAUCAGAUAGUGAAUGGGCCAACAUGUGGCGUGAUAUGCAGUAUCUGAGGGAAAAAGCGUUUCCUUUCUUGGACCUUGAGUAUAUAUUGGUUGAAUACUGUCGAGGACUUCUGAAAGCUGGGAAGUUUUCGCUCGCUAGAAAUUACUUGAAGGGUACUAAUUCAGUUGCUUUGGCAGCAGAGAAAGCUGAAAGCCUUGUCAUUCAAGCAGCUAGGGAGUAUUUUUUCUCGGCUUCAAGUCUUGCAUGUUCUGAAAUAUGGAAAGCUAAAGAAUGUCUUAAUCUAUAUCCAAGUAGUGCAAAUGUGAAGGAGGAGGCUGAUAUAAUUGAGGCGCUAACAGUUAAGCUCCCAAACCUUGGAGUGACACUUCUACCUAUGCAGUUCAGGCAAAUAGUAGAUCCAAUGGACAUUGUAAAGAUGGCAAUCACAAGUCAAUCGGGAGCAUAUUUGCAUGUGGAUGAACUGAUUGACGUUGCUAAACUUCUCGGCUUACGAUCACCAGAUGACAUAUCAGCUGUCGAGGAAGCUAUUGCUAGAGAAGCUGCUGUUGCUGGUGAUUUACAAUUGGCAUUUGAUCUUUGUCUUGUUUUGGUAAAAAAAGGGCAUGGAUACAUAUGGGAUUUAUGUGCUGCGAUUGCACGGGGUCCUGCUCUUGAAAACAUGGAUGUAAACUCUCGUAAGCAACUCUUAGGUUUUGCUUUGAGUCACUGUGAUGAAGAGUCCAUUGGUGAGCUUCUCCAUGCAUGGAAAGAUCUGGACAUGCAAGGUCAGUGUGAGACAUUAAUGAUGUCCACAGGAACAACUGCUUCAAACUUUUCAAUUGCAGGAUCAUCUGCUGGCCCACUUUCUGAGAAAAGCACUCCAAACAUAUCAUACCUUAAAGGUUUUGUUCAAGAAUUUGACAGUGGUAGCACAGACAACCAGAAUGUUCAUCUUGAUAAAGUUAGAGAUGUGGUCUCCAUUGUAGCUAAAACCUUGGCUGUUGAAAAUGAUGCAGAUUGGGCAUCGGUUUUGACAGAAAAUGGGAAAGUUCUGGCUUUUGCCGCUUUAGAACUCCCAUGGUUGCUUGAGUUGAGUAAGAGUGAACUUGAUAAGAAAUUUGAUACUGGAAAGCUGUACAUGAAUGUGAGAACCCAUGCUGUGGUAACCAUUUUAUCCUGGUUGGCUAGAAAUGGAUUUGCCCCAAAAGACAAUCUGAUUGCCUCUCUAGCAAAAUCAAUUAUGGUGCCACCAGUUACUGCAGAGGAAGAUUUAAUCGGAUGCUCCUACCUUUUGAAUCUUGUGGAUGCCUUUAAUGGGGUGGAGAUCAUAGAAGAGCAGCUCAAAAUGAGAAAAGAUUAUCAAGAAGUUUCAAGCAUUGUGAAUGUGGGGAUGACAUACAGCUUACUGCACAACUCUGGAAUUGGAACAAACUCUGCACAGAGGAGGGAGCUACUGCAGAGGAGAUUUAGAGAGAAGCAUUCACCACCCAGUUCUGAUGACAUCAAUAAAAUUGGUAAAGUGCAGUCCUCAUUUUGGAGAGAGUGGAAAAUGAAGUUAGAUGAGCAAAAGCGUCUGACUGAGCAUUCCAGAGCUCUGGAAAAAAUAAUUCCCGGAGUUGAAACAGAACGCUUUUUGUCUGGGGACUCUGCCUAUAUUCAGAGUGUUAUUCGCUCUCUGAUUGAGUCUGUGAUGUUUGAGAAAAAGGACAUUUUGAAAGACUUGUUAAAAUUAGCUGAUACAUAUGGCUUGAAUCGUACUGAGGUAUUACUGCGGUUCCUAAGUGCUGUCCUUGUUUCUGAUGUUUGGAUGAAUGACGAUAUUACUGCAGAAAUUACAAAUUAUAAAGGAGACAUACUUGUUACUGGUGCUGAAACCAUCAAAACCAUAACAAUGAUUGUGUACCCUGCAGUAGAUGGGUGCAACAAGCUUCGCCUUGCUUAUAUAUACAACCUGCUGUCGGAUUGCUACAUGAAGCUGGCUAAAACUGAAGAAUUGUUACCAUCAAUGCACCAUGAUCGAGAAAAUGAAAAUCUUUGGUUAGCUCAUUAUUACAAGGUCAUCGAGCAGGAGUGCAGAAAUGUUUCCUUUAUUGAAAAUCUGAACUUCAAAAAUAUAGCUGGGUUACAUGGUUUGAACUUGGAGUAUUUCAGCAGGGAAGUUUAUGCACAUAUUGAUGACAAUAGCUUGUCAGCUUUGGCAAAAAUGGUAGAGGCUCUUGUCAAUUUUUUCCACGAUGCAUUACCUCAGGAUUUCAUGUCAUGGCAAGAUGUUUAUAAGUAUUAUAUACUGAAUAUGCUGAGAGCUUUGGAGACUAGAGCUACUACUGAUUCUGGUAUCAGAACUCCAGAGUACCUUCAGGGAUUUAUUAGUAAGCUUGAACAGACAUAUGAUUUGUGCCGGAUGUAUGUUAGACUUCUGAGUCACUCUGAUGCUUUGGGGAUUUUGAAGCAAUACUUCACUGCUAUAUUGCCCCUUUACAGUUCAUACGGAUAUCUACCUGAUGACUCGGCAUGGCAAGACUGCCUUAUUGUUCUUCUAAAUUUUUGGAUGAAGUUAGCUGAUGAAAUGAAGGAAAUUGUAUUGGAGGAAAACAAAGGAGCGACUAUGAGCUUUAAUCCAGAAUGCUUAAUGGGUUGUCUGAAGGUUUUCAUGAGAUUGGUAAUGGAGGACGUCAUCUCCCCUAGUCAGGGCUGGGGUACCCUAGUUGGCUAUGCCAACAGUGGUUUAACUGGUGGUUUGGCCAUAGAAAUUUAUAAUUUCUGCAGAGCUAUGGUUUUUUCUGGUUGUGGAUUUGGAGCCAUUUCAGAAGUUUUUUCAGUUGUAUCAUCGGAGUAUUUAACUGGUUCAGCUUCUGAUUGUGGCGCAGGUUCCCAGGGUCUUCCCCGUUUCUAUUUAGAUAUUCUGGAACCCGUUCUGCAUGAUUUAGUCAGUGGAUCCCAUGAGAACCAAAAUUUGUGUCAUAUAUUGUCGUCUCUAAGCAAGCUAGAAGGUGAUGUAAAAGUUAUGAAAUGUGUCAGACAUGUAAUUUGGGAAAGAAUGGUCCAAUUCUCAGAUGAUCUACAGCUACCAAGUUCCAUAAGAGUUUAUGUGCUAGAACUUCUGCAGUUCAUCUCAAGUAAAAAUAUCAAAGGUUUCUCAGAUGAAAUACAAGCCAAUGUCGUGCCAUGGGAAGAAUGGGAUGAGUUGCUUUAUGCUAGUAGAAAGAGUGAGACUGAUGUUGAUCAGGGGAUAUCAGAUCAGAAAGAUUCAUCUAGUAGGUUUACAAAUACUUUGGUAGCUCUCAAAUCAUCUCAACUUGUGGCAUCAAUAUCACCCAGCAUAGAAAUUACCCCUGAUGAUCUCUUAAAUGUGGACCUAGCUGUUUCUUGCUUUUGCAGAUUGUGUGGUGAAGCCCGUACAGACAUCCAUUUUGAUGCGUUGGUGGCUGUUUUGGAUGAGUGGGAUGGUCUUUUCAAUCCUGGCAGAGAUGGGGAAACCACUGCCGAAGUAGCUGACGGAGGAAAUGACUGGAACAAUGAUGAUUGGGAUGAGGGAUGGGAAAGCCUUGAGGAAGUAGGAAAUGUUGCGGAGGACAAGAAAGAGGACUCAAUUUCCGUUCACCCUUUACAUGCUUGUUGGACGGAGUUUUUCAAAAAACUCAUCAGCCUAUCCAGGUUUAGUGAUGUCAUGAGACUGAUUGAUCGAUCAUUAGUGAAAUCCCGUGGAAUAUUGCUUGAUGAGAAUGAUGCCCAGAGCUUGAGCCAGAUAGCACUUAACAUGGAUUGCUUCAAUGCUUUGAAGAUGACAUUGUUGCUGCCUUACAAGACAUUGCAGUUGCAGUGCCUAGGGGUGGUAGAGCAAAAGUUAAAACAAGGCAUCCCAAGAAAACAUUGCGGGGACCAUGACUUCUUAAUUCUUAUUUUAUCUUCUGGGAUCAUUACUUCUAUCAUCACCGACUCUACCUUUGGUGCAACUUUAUCUUACGUGUGCUAUUUGAUUGGGAACUUAUCUCAUCAAUGCCAAGCAGACCUGUUAUCUGGUCAUGCUCAGAAUGGGAUUAAAAAUAACGAUGAUCACGGGAAUGGAUUACUUUUCAGAAGGAUCCUUUUCCCUCAAUUGAUAUCUGAGCUUGUGAAGGCGGGUCACCAUGUUCUAGCCGGAUUUCUUCUCACAAGAUUUAUGCAUACCAACGCCUCAUUCAGUCUCAUUAACAUUGUUGAUGCCAGUCUUAUUAGGUACUUGGAGAGGCAGCUCCAGCUGCUGCAGGCCAACGAGUUCCCCGUUGAGAAGACAGGUAAUGCACUGGAGAAUACUGUUAGUAGCUUGAGAGGCAAGCUGAAUAGUUUGAUUCAAUCCACUUUACCAUUGCUUCGUACUAGUUAGACGAUAAAAUGGUUCAAAAUUUCCUCACCCUUGCCUCCCUGAUUCUUACUUGUUCUCCAAUUGAUUCUGUGUUUGGAAUAUAGAUGUUUUAUCUUAGGUAGGUUUUAUUCUUGGAGGUUUUCUUUCAGAGGGUUGGGCUGAUCGAUGAAUUGUCUGGGCAGCCACCAGCAAAAUAGAUCUUCACAAUUUCACGUGUAUUAAACAAGAAUUCUUUCUGUACAUUGCAUGAGGAAUGAGUAUAUGGCUUAUUUCAAUUUUUAUU